AUGGCAACAACAGACAGCAUGCAGGGUGUGGAUGAGGUCAGGAGAGGAGCAGCAGGGGGUUCUGCCGACAGUGUUCUUACCUGGCAAGGAGACAGACGUGAGGAGUCUAGGGAGAAAUCCGGUAGGAGAGACAAGGGUGUGAGAGUGUACAGGUGUGAGGAGUGCAGCAAGGAGUUCAGUAAGCUCUUUAGUCUGAAGAGACUCACACAGUGUCCCGACUUCCUGUCCGCGAGGAUACGCGUGGCUUGGAGUUCGGGGCCGUUUCUCGUCCUUCGAGAAGAAGUCCUCAUUCAUUCCGUAGCGCGUUCUAGUGUUUCAUCAGGCAUCCCUGUGUCGACUAAGUUCCAGAAGUUGAUCCAGAUAUUGUUGACAUGGCAACAACAGACAGCAUGCAGGGUGUGGAUGACGUCAGGAGAGGAGCAGCAGGGGGUUCUACCGACAGUGUUCUCACCUGGCAAGGAGACAGAAGUGAGGAGUCUGGGGAGGAGUCCGGUAGGAGAGACAAGGGUGUGAGAGUGCACAGGUGUGAGGAGUGCAGCAAGCAGUUCAGUAAGCUGAGUAAUCUGAAGAGG